AUGAGGAAAUCGUUCGGCGCGCGGCGCGUCCCGCGCAAGGUCGGCCAGGACGAGGACGAGGAUGCUGGCGCCACCAGCUCCGGCACCGAUGCGGGCCCCCAAACACCAGAACCCGUAGUAAAACGAGCGCCCUCGAAGGCUAAGAAACGAUCUUCUCUCCGUCUCUCGUUUGGCCCUGGUGAAAGUGCCACGGAGGGUGAUGAUGACAGCGGCGCAGUCUUCACGCCCAAGAAGUCGAACCUCAGCAGAAUAGCAGCGGAGAAGAACGCCGAGCGCAAAGGUUUCCGCGUCUCAUUGACCUCGGACCAACUGCCUGCGCAGAGAGAGGUCGCAGAUGAACGACCCAGCUACAGCAAGGAAGCGCUGGCGGAACUGCGCGACUCGCAGCCGUCCACCCCGAAGCCCGGCCCAGGCGACGACGGCGACGAACCGGAGGGGAAGGAGGUCGACAUUGCGGCCAAAUUCGGGCCGCUGGCGAGCUUAAAGUCGUCAUCCGCCAUCCCCACUGAUGCGGAAAUCAGAGAGAAGAAAGAACGCAGACGACGGCUAGCUCAAGAGCCGGGAUUUAUGUCUCUGGAUGGCGACGAGGACAGGGAUAGGACCGUGUACGAUGAUGACAAUGCAUACGAUAGCGACGACCUUGACCGGCCGCGUGACGUUACGAUCCGAACCACCAUCAAGGAGAAAUACCCCGAAGGCCGGUUAGUGCGCGAAGAUGAGGAUGUGGCAGAAGGCUUCGAGGACUUUGUGGAAGACGGCCGCAUCUCGCUUGGCCGUAAGGCAGAGCGCGAGGCUGCGCGCAAGCGUCGUGAAGAGAUGGCUAGCAUGAUUGCAGAUGCUGAGGGUGGCGGCUCCGGAGACGAUGAGUCCGACGAUUCGGAAGAUGAGCGCAAUGCUGCCUACGUGGCUGCGCAAACUAAAGCCGGAACGUACGGAUCACGAGACAAGAAUGCAGACGACCCGCAGCGCCCACGGACACCGCCGAAAAUCUCAUCAUUACCGGAGCUAGGAGGGGUGCUGGCGCGACUACGAGCCUCGUUGAAGGAGCAGGAAGAGGUCAAAGCGGCAAGAGUAAGGAGGAUGGAGGAACUGGCAAGAGAAAAGGCGGACAUUGCCUCUCAGGAAUCCUGGAUACAGAGUCAGCUAAAAAUUGCGGGAGAGAAAUAUGAGAAGCUGAGGCUUGACGCUGGCGGGGCUGGUGGUGCAGCAACGCCAGUAAACGGAGCUGAUAGUGGGGCGGCAAGUGAAAGGGGAUUGGAUAGUCUUGGAGGUACACCGGCACCUGUCGGGAGUGACGAGGAUGUCGCGUGA